AUGGAAGUUCUGGAGCCGGUAGAUUUUUCUGAAUGGGCGGCACCCAUCGUUGCGGUGCGUAAAGCUCAAAAAGAUGCUGACGGAGAUCCAAUAGUACGCAUCUGUGCGGACUACUCGACUGGGCUCAAUGCAGCAUUAGAAAUGAAUAGCUAUCCAAUUCCCACACCGGAAGACAUAUUUGCAAAGAUAGCUGGUUGCCAACGAUUCUCAGUAAUUGACCUCUCUGAUGCGUAUCUUCAAAUGGAGGUGGAUCAAGACUCGCAAAAGCUCUUGACUAUAAACACCCACAAGGGAUUGUUCCGAUAUAAACGGCUACCACCCGGAGUGAAAACCGCACCAAGGGUGUUCCAGAAAGUUAUCGACAGCAUGCUCGGUGAUUUGGAAGGUGCAGAAGCUUUCCUAGACGAUGUUCUGGUGUUUGGUCGAACGCAAUUAGAACAUGAUAGAAAUCUGGAAAACACACUAAAACGCAUCGAGGACUACGGUUUCCGCAUUAAGAUAGAAAAGUGCAAGUUCAACAUGUCGCAUGUGAAAUAUUUGGGACAUAUUAUCGACGAAAAUGGAUUAGGCACAGACCCCGCUAAGGUAGCAGCCAUUUCUCAAAUGCCAGCACUGUGA